GUGCAUUGAACUUAAUGUUUUCAUUCAAAAUCAACACAAGACGACGAAAACAAUCUGAAAACUUUUGUUAUUUUCCGGUCUUUAUUGGAAACUUAAGUAAAUAAAUUAUAUUUUAAAUUGUUCUCAAUAGUUGCAGUAUCUUGUCGAAACGGCGGAUUUUCAAAAUGAAUGUAUGUCGCUUGUGUUUGCAAUGUGAAAAUGGAACUUUGAUUUCCAUAUUUUCGAAUGUAAACGAUGUGGAUAUAGCAUCCACGGUCACCUUGUAUUGCUCGAUAAUUCUUUCAGAGAACGAUGGAUUACCGAGUAAAAUAUGUGAAUUUUGUAUCCGUGAUGUCCAGACGGUGAAGGCCUUCAUUGAAAAGGUUAGAGAAUCUGACUUCAAACUGCGAAGUGAUAAAAUCCUAAAAGAUGAUAAGCUUUCAUUUGAGAUGAUUGUUGUAAAACCGGAACCAGAUGGCCCGCAACCUGUAAAUGUAAGCGACGAUAACGAUCACCAAUUUGACGAAAACUCGUUUGACCCCAAAAGUGAGUCGGAUUCAGAUGAUGAUAAACUGAGCAUUAUUAAAGAACGCGUUACAUUAGCGCAGAAAACUAAAGUUAACAAUAGUACAGAAAAUAGGAAAAGCAGUAAGAAGACCACGAAGAACGAUACGAGUACUAUUGGUAAGAAAAAGUGCAAACGGAAACGGAAAGUCAAAGUUGAAAGCGGUGAUGAGUCUGAAAUAGCGGACACUAAUGACACUUUAGACGAAAUAGAGAUUGAGAUGUUUGAAAUUAUUGUCCUGCCGGAAGCAAAUUUUGUAUGUUGCUGUUGUCGUCAAAAUUUCAGGUCAUCCGAAGAGCUUGAACAGCAUAUCGAAGUUCACAAGAAGUUCUUGGUGAAAAGAACAGAUACUAUACAUUGCGAAAUAUGUAAGCGAAGGUUUAUCAAGCCAAAAGCAUUAGACAACCAUAGAAAGCUGUGGAAGCAUGUGACGAAGCUCUUUGAAUGCCGCAAGUGCAAAUCACGGUUUAUAAGCGCUGUUAGUAGGCGAAAACAUGCUUACAAGCAUCCUAAGACUAUAGAAGACAAGAUGAAGCAAGAAUACGGUGAAAUAGUGUGCUGUGUUCAGCGUUGCUCGAAAUCAUUUCCUUCUGAAGAACUACUGAUAAAGCAUAGUCUCGCAACCCAUAAAUUGGACCAGCAACAAUCUUAUAAGCAAGAAGAUGAUGAUCAAAAGCAAGCCGAAUGUCCAGUGUGUUUCAAGCGGUUCGCCUCGGAACGAUUACUUCGAAUACACAGGAAGCGUAACUCGAAACCGCUCAGUCACCAGUGUGCCACCUGUGGGCUCAAGUUUCGCUCCAAGGAUGUUCUGCAUUUCCACGAAACAAAUCACGCCGACCAGAAACCGUUCCAGUGCGACAUUUGCAAUAAAUAUUUCUCCAGUCGAAGCGCCCUCAAGGUGCAUCAGCGACAUCAUUCGAACGAAAAGCCCUUCGUGUGUGGAACUUGCGGAGCCGGGUUCUAUCAGAAGGUUCAACUGACGUCGCACGAAUACGACCACGGAGUGGUACCUCUACCGUUCAAGUGCGAAGUCUGCGGAAAGUCGUUCAAGUUCCGGAAGGGUCUGGUCACCCAUAUGCGGUCGCACACCGGAGAACGGCCGUAUCCAUGUCGGCACUGUUCAAUGUCGUUCGCAAGCGUUCCGAUUCGGCGCAUGCACGAGUUAACGCACAGCGACAUUAAACCCUUCAAGUGCAGCUACUGUGAUAGAACGUUUACUCUCAAGCGGUUACAAUUGGAACACGAAUGCAAACAUACAGGUGUGAAACCUUUCAAAUGCAACUUCUGUGACAAAUCAUUUAUUCGCAAACAGUUUCAAGUUGACCACGAGAGCACCCAUACCGGCGUCAAACCGUACCGUUGCGAUAAGUGCAAUUGUAGCUAUAGUCACAAGAGCAACUUGAAUCGCCACAUGGAAACUCACCAGCAAGCGGAACAGACGGAACAAGCCUCGCCAGCGAUUCUACCAACUGUGACUACUGGUCACGUUGUGGACGCCAAUUCGUUGCUGCCGUCGAUUCCAAUGGUUUCGAAUGACUCCACGGCCGAGUUUGGAUCGUGAAACGAUACCAAUACGGUUUAGGUGAGUACCUUAUUUCACGAAAUUUAUAUCGAACUGAGGUGGUGGCCAUCCGUCUGACAUGAGAAUUUUGGCAUCAACACUGUCGGGUAUAGAGUUCGUCAUUAGCAAAGCAAGCUUUCAGUUAACUGUGGAUGUGCCCAUAGAACACUCAGGCUUUAUUCCAGUUGGUACGUGACGCCAAGAAGAAGAAGGUACACAAUAUUCAGCCUUCACCAAGCCGUUCAACUAGCAAUAACCGCACCUCGGUUUUACCUUAUUUGCUUCGAUAUCGCGAUUUUUCAAGGCUUAAGGAUCGCAUUUGAACAUCUAUCAAAAUCGACAUUUAAAAAUCUCAUGCAUCACAAAAUGUCAUAUUGAUAAGGGCUGUUUAACUUUCCAGUCGGUACCCCAAAAGCAGCAGUCAUCUGCACUACAUUUGCCACUGCGGUGUAGAAUCAGCGUUCUCUUCUGUGCAGAGGGACUUCCCAACAUUCAAGCACAUUAGGGCUAUUUGAAAUAAUAAACACUGCAUCUGCCUA